AUGCAUCACUUCUUUUCCAUGAUGUUUUCACUGCCAGCCAUUAUUGGGCAUGUGAGCGGUGUGUCUGACCGACCAUACAGAUCUGAGCUGAAGGUGACGAACGGAGGGCCGUGGGGAUCGUGGGGGGAAAAGCAGUUUUGUCCAAGUGGAAGUUACGCCGGAGGGUUUCAGCUGAAGGUGGAAAACCCACUUAUUUUUGGUGGUGAUGAUACAGCGCUCAAUGGGAUUCGACUUUUCUGUGUUGAUCAAUCCAGAAACCUUCGGUCUGUCAUUGAGUCCAGCGUAGGAGGCUGGGGUGACUGGACUGGCAGAUCUGAUACGACUAGCAGAUCUGAUACUUCUAGAUACUUUACAGCUUUCCAGCUGCAAGUUGAAUCUCCGCAAGGAUCUGGAGAUGAUACGGCCGCAAACAACAUCAAGCUCAAAUACGGUCCACGUGACUGGGACUAUAUUGAACGUAUGAGUGCAUACUGGGGUGACUAUGGCGACUGGAGUCCAACAUGUGAAGGAACAGGAAUCUGCGGCUUACAGACCCGUGUAGAAGAGUCACAGGGAAGCGAAGGAGACGACACCGCUCUCAAUGACGUGAUCAUGUUCUGCUGUGAUUAA